AUGUCGACCAUUCUGCGGACGUUGCGCAACCUGCGCCGCGUUGGGCUCAAGGACUAUGCCCACCAGAUGCAGAACAUCGGUGAUACCAAAGCCGGAACCCUGAUCGGAACUGACCGCUGGGGCAACAAGUACUACGAGAACAUGGCUGAAGAACUUCCUCUCCGCACACGAUGGGUCGACUACAAGACUAACUGGCCCGAGUGGGAGCCCUCUCAAGUCGAGCCUGGCUGGCACGCCUGGAUCUCUUAUAUGGUUGAUGCUCCCCCCACCGCCGACAAGCUUCUCCAGGCUGGUACCCGCCACUUCGAGGCCCCAGAGCACCGCCCCAACCUUACUCAGACUCGCGCUGCUUUCCGAACCUACUCUACCACUCGCCCCAAGUACUCUGCUUGGACUCCUGUUGCCGCUCCUCGGUAA